AUGGUGAAUGAAUACAAGAAAAUCGUUCUUCUAAAAGGAUUAGAGGGCAUGCAGGAUUAUCAGUUUAGGAUAAUCAAGUGCUUGCUAAGAAAAGAACUAAAGCUUACUAAAAAAAUGCAAGAUGAUUAUGACAGGAUUCAGCUGGCUGACCUGAUGGAGGACAAGUUCCCCAAAGAUGCUGGACUGGACAAACUGAUAGAAGUGUGUGAGCUCAUAGAAGGGCUUGAAGACAUCACUAAAAAACUUAAAACAGAGAAGGAGAAAGUUCAAAACAAAGAGAAAGAAAAAGGCAAAACAGCCAUGACAAAUGAAAAGCAAGGUGAAAUCAGUACUUUUGAAUCUUUUUUUAUCAGUAAUGAAUCAAGCAAGAAUAAACCCUCUUCAAAGACAAAGAGAAAACAAAUCACAAAAACUGAAGGUGGGAAGAAAAAGAAGCUCACACAGAAGCAGACUCAAUUUCCAGAACCUUCAGGAACCAAUAUAAAAAAAGAAGAAGAUUGUGUCCACACUCCUCUUAAGCCUCCACCAACACCACGCAGCAGUUCCACAAACAAGACACCAAGGAGAGAAAUUGUUCCAACAGAGCCUGCUAAGGAAGAAGGUCACCAGAAGGGUCCCAAACAAGUAAUGGUGUUGAAAGUAACAGAACCAUUUACAUAUGACCUGAAAGAAGAUAAAAGGAUGUUUCAUGCUACAGUGGCUACUGAGACUGAAUUCUUCAGAGUGAAGGUUUUUGACACAGCUCUGAAGACCAAGUUCAUCCCAAGAAACAUCAUUGCCAUAUCAGAUUAUUUUGGGUACAAUGGGUUUCUAGAGAUAUACAAAAGUUCCUGUGUGUCUGAUGUGAAUGUUAACCAAACAAUGGUUAUCUCAAAGACACUGAGGCAAAGAGCCAAUGCAACUCCAAAAAUUUCUUAUCUUUUCUCGCAAGCCAAGGGGACAUUUGUGAAUGGAGAGUUUGUAGUAUUCAAGAAAAUUGAGAGGGAUGAAGUCAUUUCAUAUGGAAUUGAGGAUGAUACUGGGAAAAUGGAAGUGGUGGUUUAUGGGCAACUCACCAAUAUCAAGUGUGAACCAGGCAGUAAACUUAGACUUGUCUGCUUUGAAUUGACUUCCACUGAUCAUGUAUGGCAGCUGAGGUCUGUAAGGCACAGUUACAUGCAGGUACAAGAUAAAGGAAAGCCACUUAACCCAGAUUCAGUUAUGGAAACCUCUCUGGAGCCAUACUUCUGA